CCAACGGACUGACUGGCUCUGAUGUUGUUGUCAUGUCCCCACACAGUCUACACACCAACCACACAGUUAAGAAUCGUUUUUAUUUGUUUAAUAAUAUGAGCAUCAUAUUGUAUUCUGUAUCCUUGACGCUGAUUGUACACCUGUACCUAUUGUUCCAGUUGCCAUGCAUCGAUGCCAGGAGCGUCACCAUGGAUAUCGGAGGCAGAAACUCUACCAGCAAUGGCACACGCGCUGCAUUCGAGCCGAAGACCAACGCCACCACCAAGGAGAGGCCUCCAUCUUCAAGCAGUUCCCCCUCCGCCAUGAAGACCAUUAAGCGCAUAAGGCGAGCGCGAACAGAUCUACCCAAAUAUAAAUUCACCUUCGAUGAGUCGCACUUGCCCUGCGACUACGAUGUCACUGGAUCAUUCAAGUUUAUGAAUGACUUUCCCAAAUACUGCAGAGACUCGUACCAGCAGAGGUUCAUGAGCGAGGCGGAGUACCGCAUGUAUAUGCUGUAUCAGACGGAGGGAUUCUUCUUUGGCCAGUACCACGAGCGCUUGAUACGCUUUGAGAAGGAUACACACACCUUUGACUACCGUGAUACUGGCUUUUGAGAUUCGGUUGCAGAUAUUAAAUUAUCGGUAGAGACAGUGUCCAACUGGUGAUAGUUCUUGCUGGGGUUUGUUUAGAAAUGUUUAAACAUUUUAUUGCAGUUCUUUUUAUACAAAAACGUGGAUAACAUAAGUUGUGUUAGUUGUUUCAAAGUUUGUAUAUUAAUUGUAAACUAUGUUAGUAAUAUGUUUUCAUGGAAAGACUACAAUCUACGUUAGGCGGAUUAGUUGUUGGACUAUA